UUGAACAUCUUUUUCCCGCCAUACACGACAUUCAUAGGCGAGACCCCCACCCCCGAGGGCCUGAUGAAAGGGCGGGAGUAUUACCUCGAUCCAGCGUUCGAGAAGAAUGCAGACGCCUCUACCAAGAAGCAGCGUGUAGACGUCGAGGAAUCUUCCCCCGAUUCGGUUUACAGCACGGGUCGACGGCUGCGUAAAAAUGAAUUUGAUGGUGGCUACGAGCACUGCAUCAUCAUCCGUCUGCACUAUCUCCGAGUCACAACGGUGCCCAGCCACCUUACCGACUCGCCCGCUCCCGAUGCCGACCCGCGAGACAUGCUCAAACCCUGGAGCGAGCUGGCUGAGGAGUACCGCGCAUUAAAUACUCGUCCGGUUGAGGACGGCCAGGUCAUCAGGAUCUGGGCCAAGGAUCCCGACCAUCUUCCCGACUGGGACAUUCUGCGCCUCCGAUGA